AUGGGGCCGGAUACAUGUGGCCGCAGUCAGCGCCACUGUCGGCUGCUGUGCUAUGUUUUACUUUUUUGGCCUUUUGAGGGGCCCACUACCCAGCUCGCAGAUAAAUCACACAUAGAGCCUCCAUCCCGGAAGAACCGGAUUGCCAUCUAUGAGCUCCUUUUUAAGGAAGGAGUGAUGGUUGCCAAGAAGGAUGUCCAUAUGCCCAAACACCCUGAGCUGGCAGACAAGAACGUGCCCAACCUUCAUGUCAUGAAGGCCAUGCAGUCUCUGAAGUCUCGAGGCUAUGUGAAGGAGCAGUUUGCCAGGAGACCAUUCUAUUGGUACCUUAAGAAUAAGGGCAGAUCUGGGCGCUGGGGCAUCCAGUAUCUCCGCGAUUAUCUCCACCUACCUCCGGAGAUCGUGCCUGCCACCCUGUGCCGCAGCAGUCCCGAAACUGGCAGGCCUCGGCCCAAAGGGACAGAUGGUGAGCGCCCAGCAAGAUUCACAAGAGGGGAGGCAGAUAGAGACACCUACAGAAGGAGUCCUGUGCCCCCUGGUGCUGGCAAGAAAGCUGAGGCCGGGGCUGGCUCAGCCACCGAGUUCCAGUUUAGAGGAGGCUUUGGUCGUGGACGUGGUCAGCCACCACAGUGA